UUCCUUCUCUUUCCAUUAGGGUUUCUAGCCAUGGCAGCGGUCUGUUUUCCAUAUAAUAAGUUGUUCAAAAAGAGUCAAUGUAAGGAUGCGCAUUGAAUGAUAGAUUUAAUUAUUUAAAUAUUAAAGAUUUAGAACUUAUUUUGGAAGUUGUGGGGCCAAAUUCUUUCAAACUUGCUAUUUUGAGUAUUGCAACUCGUGUAGAUCAAAAUCUCUUCAUUGAUGCUUGUCUUUAGGCAUCAAAUAAUAACAAUCGUAUGAAAGGUUAUUUCUCAGACUUUAGAAGGGAAAAUCAGCAAUUAAUUAAUAAAUUAAAUGGUGUUCCGACCACGACUACGAUUGCUUCCUUGCUUGACGACCCAUUUUUGGGUCAGUAUGAGCCUGUCACCUACUUGGUAGAAGCAGACCUAUUCUGUUUCAUGGAUACUUGUCUCCACUAUGUCUGCAAAUAUGGUUUUAAACCAAGAGACUGGUCAAAUGCAAUUAACAAUAAUUGCUGCUCAACAGGAUCAAAAGGUACCUGUCAAAAAGACAUUAUCAAACAUUUAAAGUUUCGGAUUCCAAGACUUCAAAAAUUGCACUGUUAACUGCCUUCGGCUUUCAAGCUGAAAAAAUCCGCCACGACCACUUUAAAGACUACUUUAAAUUAGGCGACAUCCUUCUCUUUCAUGUACAACCAUUUUUAACAGUUGAUGAAGGAAAGAUUACUCAAGUUAUUAGGGUAAUUAAAUCCUGACCAGAUAAUCUUGUGUUUUGGUUAUGUUUUGAUGUCCCCUGUUUUUUUUUACAACAAAUGGCGCCUGAUUAUGAUUUUUAACAAUUUUGCCACUUGGGAUAUCGUAAAUUGUUGGUACAUUUUCCUACCUUUUGAAAGUUACCUCUCAAUUGUUGUUAGAUUUUUUUUGACAGAAAAAGAUCUUCAAGAUUAGUGGUCUUCUUGCGGAUUUCACAGUCCCAGCCCU